AUGGAAGAGACGGGAGAUUCGAAGCUGGUCCCUAGGGACGAAGAAGAAAUAGUAAAUGACAACGAUGAAACUAAAGCGCCUAGUGAUGAAGAAGAGGGAGAAGAUGUUUUCGACUCCUCUGAAGAGGAUGAAGACAUUGAUGAAGAUGAAGAUGAAGCAAGAAAAGUGCAAGAAGGCUUCAUUGUUAAUGAUGAUGAUGAAAAUGAAGACUUAGGAACAAGCAUUUCUAAAAAAAGAAGAAAGCAUAAAAGAAGAGAAAGGGAAGAAGAUGAUCGACUAUCCGAAGAUGAUUUGGACCUGUUGAUGGAAAAUGCUGGUGUUGAACGUACCAAAGCGAGCUCCUCUUCAGGGAAAUUCAAAAGGUUAAAGAGGGUAGGAGAUGAAGGAAACGUCGCAGAAUCAGAAAGUGACAAUGUCGCUGUUUCAAGGCAAGAUUCUACCUCCAAAUUGGAGGAUUUCUUUUCCGAAGACGAAGAAGAAGAUGAAUCUGGUUUGCGUAAAGGUAGAAAUAAUGAAUAUGGGCGUGAUGAAGAAGACCAUGGGGAUAGAAACAGAACAGCCGAUAAAGGUGGAAUAUUGGAUGAGUUGGAUGAUUUCAUUGAAGAUGAUGAAUUUUCUGAUGAGGACGAUGAAACUAGACAAAGAAGAAUCCAAGAAAAGAAGCUUUUAAGAGAACAAUCCACCAAGCAACCUACACAGAUCACUGGUCUAUCGUCGGAUAAGAUCGACGAAAUGUAUGACAUUUUUGGUGACGGUCAUGACUACGAUUGGGCCUUAGAAAUUGAAAAUGAGGAAUUAGAAAAUGGUAACGAAAACAAUGAAGCUGAAGAAGAAGAAAUCGAUGAAGAAACUGGCGCUGUAAAAAGCGCUAAGAAAAAAAUAUCUCUACAAGACAUUUAUGACUUAGAGGAUUUGAAAAAGAACUUGAUGACUGAAGGAGACAUGAAAAUUAGAAAGACAGAUAUUCCAGAAAGAUACCAAGAAUUAAGAGCAGGCAUUACUGACUACGGAAAUAUGUCAUCCGAGGAUCAAGAGUUGGAAAGAAACUGGAUAGCAGAAAAAAUUUCUGUAGAUAAAAACUUCGAUGCCAAUUAUGAUCUCACUGAAUUCAAAGAAGCGAUUGGGAACGCGAUCAAAUUCAUCACCAAAGAAAACUUGGAAGUUCCUUUUAUUUAUGCUUACCGUCGUAACUACAUUUCUUCAAGAGAAAAAGACGGGUUUCUUUUGACUGAAGAUGACCUUUGGGAAAUUGUUAGCCUUGACAUUGAAUUUCACAGUCUUGUAAACAAAAAGGAUUAUGUUCAGAGAUUUUAUGAGGAAUUACACAUCGACGAUUCUAUUGUCAGUGAAUACUUUAAAAAUCAGAAUACUGCAUCCAUCGCUGAGCUGAAUUCUCUACAGGAUAUAUACGACUACCUGGAAUUCAAGUAUGCCAAUGAAAUUAACGAAAUGUUUAUAAAUCACACCGGAAAAACCGGUAAGAAACAUUUGAAAAAUUCCAGUUAUGAAAAAUUCAAAGCUAGCCCUCUUUAUCAAGCGGUUAGUGAUAUUGGUAUAUCAGCUGAGGAUGUUGGUGAAAAUAUUGGUUCACAGCAUCAAAUCCACCCUCCUGUAGAUCACCCUAGUUCCAAACCAAUAGAAGUGAUAGAAUCUAUAUUGAAUGCCAACAGCGGUGAUUUGCAAGUCUUUACGUCCAAUACUAAACUAGCAAUUGAUACAGUCCAAAAAUAUUACUCUUUGGAAUUGUCUAAGAAUACGAAGAUAAGGGAAAAAGUUAGAUCUGAUUUUUCCAAAUAUUAUCUGGCUGACGUUGUGUUAACUGCUAAAGGUAAAAAAGAGAUUCAAAAGGGAUCUUUAUAUGAGGAUAUAAAAUAUGCUAUCAAUAGAACUCCAAUGCACUUUCGUAGGGAUCCAGAUGUUUUCCUGAGAAUGGUCGAGGCAGAAUCUUUGAAUUUGCUCAGUGUUAAGUUACACAUGUCAUCGCAAGCUCAAUACAUAGAGCACUUAUUCCAAAUUGCUCUUGAAACCACUAAUACCUCGGAUAUCGCGAUUGAAUGGAAUAACUUCCGUAAACUGGCAUUCAACCAAGCAAUGGAUAAGAUUUUCCAGGAUAUAUCCCAGGAAGUUAAAGACAAUUUAACAAAAAAUUGUCAAAAAUUGGUCGCCAAGACUGUUCGUCAUAAAUUUAUGACAAAAUUGGACCAAGCUCCGUUCAUUCCUAAUGUCAGAGAGCCAAAAAUUCCAAAAAUCUUAACUUUAACUUGUGGCCAGGGUAGGUUCGGAGCCGAUGCUAUUAUUGCUGUUUACGUCAACAGAAAGGGUGAUUUCAUAAGAGAUUACAAGAUUGUCGACAAUCCAUUUGAUAAGACAAAUCCUGAAAAAUUUGAAGAUACCUUGGAUAAUAUCAUUCAAAGUUGUCAGCCGAAUGCCAUCGGCAUCAAUGGUCCCAACCCCAAGACUCAAAAAUUUUACAAAAAAUUACAAGAAGUUCUGCAUAAGAAACAAAUUGUCGACAGUAGAGGACAUACUAUUCCAAUCAUCUACGUUGAGGACGAAGUCGCUAUUCGCUACCAGAAUUCUGAAAGAGCUGCCCAAGAAUUUCCAAACAAACCCCCCCUAGUUAAAUACUGUAUCGCCUUGGCGCGUUAUAUGCAUUCUCCAUUGUUGGAAUAUGCUAAUUUAUCAGGUGAAGAAGUGAAGUCAUUGUCAAUCCACCCACAUCAAAACCUCUUAUCCUCAGAACAACUGAGUUGGGCUCUUGAAACCUCUUUCGUUGAUAUUGUCAACUUGGUCAGUGUUGAAGUUAACAAAGCUACGGAUAAUAAUUACUAUGCUAGCGCGCUCAAAUACAUUUCUGGCUUUGGAAAACGUAAAGCUAUCGAUUUCUUACAAUCACUUCAAAGGCUAAAUGAACCAUUAUUGGCUCGUCAGCAGUUAAUUACUCAUAACAUUCUUCACAAGACUAUUUUUAUGAAUUCUGCCGGGUUCCUCUACAUCUCGUGGAAUGAGAAACGACAAAAAUACGAAGAUUUGGAACAUGACCAAUUAGACAGCACUAGAAUUCAUCCGGAAGACUACCAUUUAGCUACCAAGGUUGCUGCUGAUGCUUUGGAAUACGACCCUGAUACUAUUGCCGAAAAAGAAGAACAGGGAACCAUGAGUGAAUUCAUUGAACUGCUAAGGGAGGAUCCCGAUCGUAGAGCGAAACUAGAAUCGUUGAAUUUAGAAUCAUACGCGGAAGAACUUGAAAAGAAUACUGGAUUAAGAAAACUUAAUAAUUUAAAUACAAUCGUCCUUGAAUUGUUGGAUGGAUUUGAAGAAUUGAGAAAUGACUUCCACCCUCUGCAAGGUGAUGAAAUUUUCCAAAGUUUAACUGGUGAGUCUGAAAAGACCUUUUUUAAGGGCAGUAUCAUUCCGGUUAGGGUAGAAAGAUUUUGGCACAACGAUAUAGUUUGCACUACAAACUCUGAAGUUGAAUGUGUAGUGAAUGCUCAACGUCACGCAGGUGCACAAUUAAGGAGACCUGCAAAUGAAAUAUACGAAAUUGGAAAAACGUAUCCAGCAAAGGUAAUAUACAUCGACUAUGCUAAUAUUACUGCGGAAGUCUCGUUAUUAGACCAUGAUGUCAAACAGCAAUAUGUCCCGAUAAGUUACAGUAAAGACCCUUCCAUUUGGGACUUGAAACAGGAACUAGAAGAUGCCGAAGAGGAGAGGAAACUGAUGAUGGCAGAGGCCCGUGCGAAGAGAACACAUCGUGUUAUCAAUCAUCCUUACUAUUUUCCCUUCAACGGCAGACAAGCUGAAGAUUACUUGAGGAGUAAGGAACGUGGUGAAUUUGUGAUCAGACAGUCUAGCCGAGGUGAUGACCAUUUGGUUAUCACUUGGAAGUUGGAUAAGGAUUUAUUUCAACAUAUUGAUAUUCAAGAAUUAGAAAAAGAAAAUCCUUUGGCAUUAGGUAAAGUUCUGGUUGUCGACAACCAGAAAUACAAUGAUUUAGACCAGAUCAUUGUAGAAUACCUACAAAACAAAGUAAGACUUUUGAACGAAAUGACAUCUAGUGAAAAAUUCAAAAGUGGUACUAAGAAGGAUGUGGUCAAGUUCAUUGAAGACUACUCUAGAGUGAAUCCAAAUAAAUCUGUCUACUAUUUUAGUCUGAACUACGAUAACCCUGGUUGGUUUUAUUUAAUGUUCAAGAUUAACGCAAAUAGCAAAUUAUACACAUGGAAUGUGAAAUUAACGAACACUGGUUAUUUCCUGGUAAACUACAAUUAUCCAAGUGUUAUUCAACUUUGUAAUGGUUUUAAGACUCUUUUAAAAUCUAACAGUAGUAAGAGUAGGAUGAACAACUAUCGUUAG